CGGUGCAGAGAGCGCUGCUGUGACAGUGGGAAGCACAAUCCGCGUGCAGCCAGCGCGAGGCAAAGACCUACUAACAAGCUGUGAAUAAUGACUGGCCGCAAAACGCGCAGCAUGAGAGAUGACUGACCACGCAGCAGCUUGGAACAAAUGACAGAAGAUUACACAUGCUGGGGUUGAAAUGAGAAGAUGCCAGCAGCUGAAAAUGAACCUAAUUUGAUUACAUUUGAGAAUUGAAAGAUGCUGGAGAUUGGUUUCCCUCCAAUGGAUUCCUAAAGUUGCUCCAAGAGAAUCGGCCUCAAAGAUUUUACUGAAAGGAUCUCUUGGUGGAAGUCAGCGAGCGGGGGGCCAGGAUGUGGCCCCCUGACCUCGGGCCUCCAGACGUCCAGCUGACUCUUCCUGGUUUUGGAAGUGUGUUUGAGGAUGCGGAGGACCUUCAGGCGCCACUGUCUUCUGGCGGCUUCUGUCAGUCCUCGAUACAUUCAGGUGGACAGGGUGUGUGCUGUCUUCCAAGGUCUUCCCUGUCCCUGUCCUCGCUGGGCCGGGACCUCACCUCCCUGCUCAGCUGUAAGACCGCUGGAUCCCACAUAGAAAAGCCUAUGGAGGACUUUGCCACCACAGCGCACAUAGAUCCUAAAAACAACACCCAAAGGUAUAGCUGUUACCCCCAGCCCUCCCUCCCUUUAUCCUAUGUGCUCACUAGCUGUGCCACUUCGCCCCAUUUUGGCUUGCCACCCUCCUCUCUUUCAUCUUCCUCCUCUUCAUCAGCUUCAUUUUUUACCUCUUCCUUGCCUCUUUCUGAUGCACCUGGUGGCAACAAGACUCCUAAUCUACAACGAAAGAUACAGGAGGAGUAUCGCUCAAUAAAACAAGAGCCUGCAGAUGAUUUCUUGCCAUGUAAGAGGGAUCCGUUUCAAGUUAACAACCAGCAAGGGGAGCUGUUUUAUGUGGGCCAGCCCCUCCAAGGUCAGGACAGCAACUCACUUCAUUUCCCAAGGCUUAAUGGACCCAUAGGCCACAACCCCACAGUGGACCAACAGGACCAGCCAUGCCACUGGAUCGACUGUAGUGCCACUUACAGCAGUCAGGAGGAGCUGGUGAGGCACAUCGAGAAGGUGCACAUUGACCAACGCAAAGGGGAAGAGUUUUCCUGUUUCUGGACCGGCUGCGUGCGACGCCACAAACCCUUCAACGCCCGCUACAAGCUGCUAAUCCACAUGAGGGUCCACUCUGGAGAAAAACCCAAUAAAUGCAUGUUUGAGGGCUGCUCCAAGGCGUUUUCACGUCUAGAGAACCUGAAGAUCCACCUGAGGAGCCACACAGGAGAGAAACCGUACAUCUGCCAGCAUCCCGGCUGCCUCAAGGCCUUCAGCAACUCCAGUGACCGGGCCAAACACCAGCGCACACAUCUGGACACGAAGCCGUACGCCUGUCAGAUCCCAGGAUGCACCAAACGCUACACCGAUCCCAGCUCGCUACGAAAGCACGUCAAAGCUCAUUCAGCCAAAGGCCAUCAGGAGACAGAGGUCAAGGUUCAGGUGCACACAAUGCUGGAAUCGGACAUAUUGAGCGAUUGUCUGGCAAGGAAGCAUCUCCACCAAGGAAACAGCUCACCUUUACCCAGCUUAGAUGACUUCACAGGUGUGUACUCAAACAGCAGCUCUGUCUACAAUAGGCCAAAUUCGGAGUUUCUCCCUCCAUCAGCAGACACCACCUCCAGGUAUCGAAGCUUGGACGGAAACGCCAACAGCCCAAUAUAUUCAAUUACAAGCACAGGGAGCAUUCGAGAGGGGAACAGACCCACAUCGUUGUUCAUGUCCGCUGACGUCAGCCCCGUGAGCUCCUCGUCAGACAGAGGGGACGUCCAGCUGCAGGGUUACCACAAAACCUACAACCACCAACAAGUAUUGUCACAGCAGCAAGGAUGUCUGUACGGAGAAGGAAAGGUUGUUCAACCGGUCAGCGAAGAAGGCUUCGAACCUGCCAGUUACUUCACAACCUCCUGCGCGUCACACUCUACAGGGUUGGACUUGUUGCAGGACCUGCAGGGCCAGGCCGGGGCCGGCUACUCCAUGUCUCCCUGCUCAGACGACAGCUUCCUUUUCCAGGCGGGAGGCGUCGACCGCUGCCUCAGCCAGAUCUACUCCAUCUACCUGGACUCAUGAUGGGCCGCCCAGAACCAAACAAAACUGAAUCAGUAAUCACUUUGUUUUCCUGAGGACAAAAUGCAGCUUGUAUGAUGUGUGGUGGCAGACAAUCACAACAACAAUAUACAGUUUAUUCAAGGCUGAAGUUGAAUUGUUCUUCUUGACAGAAAAUAUGUCAGUGGGAGUUUUAAUGGUACAAACAAGAUGUAGAAUUGACUAGAGGCAGAGCUGCGGGCGAAGAGGAAAUCUGUUCGGAUUAUAAAUGUGAAUAACGAGUGAGUUUUUUUUUUUUAUUCAGAGAUGGACACAGCAUUUGUGAGCUGGAUAGAAUGAGCUUUUAUUUGCUGGUUUGAUCGGUUGCAAAGCCAUGUAGCCAGCUCUCUGGCUCUAGUGAGGUUAAAUUCUGCCUCCAGGAAAUGUCAAAACAACAAGAGAAAUUGGUAAACCAUGCAAAGAGGCUAAAACUGAGCUGACGUGGAAUGGUAUCAUGGCCAGAAAGAUGAUAAGUGUAUUUCCCCAAACAGGGGCGUAGCACAAAAUUCUGGGCUCUGUAGAAAGGCAUUUUCUAUGGGCCCCU